GUCCUGUAGCAACUUCUCACGUAGUCUCAUCUGCCACUCACAGCUCCACCAUGUCCGUCAGAUCGACCAAAGUCACCUACCGCACCAGCAGCGCUGCCCCCCGCUCCGGCGGCUUCAGCAGCUUCUCGUACAGCGGCGCCCCCAUGGCGAGUAGAGCCAGCUCCGCUUCUUUCAGCCUGGGGUCCAGCUAUGGAGGAGCCUCCAGGUUCGGGAGCGGCUACAGGAGCGGUUUUGGGGGCGCAGGUGUGGGAUCUGCGGGAAUCACAUCGGUCAGCGUCAACCAGAGCCUCCUGGCACCCCUCAACCUGGAGAUCGACCCUUCCAUCCAGCAAGUCAGGACCGAGGAGAAGGAGCAGAUCAAGACUCUCAACAACAAGUUCGCCUCUUUCAUUGACAAGGUGCGUUUCCUGGAGCAGCAGAACAAGAUGCUGGAAACCAAGUGGAAUCUCCUGCAGAACCAGAAGACCACACGCAGCAACAUGGACGGCAUGUUUGAAGCCUACAUCAGCAACCUGCGCCGCCAGCUUGACGGCCUGGGACAGGACAAGAUGCGCUUGGAAUCUGAGCUGGGAAAUAUGCAGGGCCUGGUGGAGGACUUCAAGAAUAAAUAUGAAGAUGAAAUUAACAGACGCACAGAGCUAGAGAAUGAAUUUGUCCUGCUGAAGAAGGAUGUGGAUGAGGCAUAUAUGAACAAAGUACAGCUAGAGGCGCGCUUGGAGGCCCUGACCGAUGAGAUUAACUUCUUGCGUCAGCUGUAUGAAGAGGAGUUGCGCGAAAUGCAAUCCCAGAUUUCUGACACUUCCGUUGUCCUGUCUAUGGACAACAACCGCAGCCUUGACCUGGACGGCAUCAUUGCAGAGGUCAGAGCUCAGUAUGAAGACGUUGCCAACAAGAGCCGUUUAGAAGUGGAAAACAUGUAUCAAGUUAAGUACCAAGAACUGCAGACAUCAGCUGGUCGCUAUGGGGAUGACCUGAAGAACACCAAAACUGAGAUUAGUGAACUGACCCGUUACACCACAAGGCUGCAGUCCGAAAUAGAUGCUCUCAAAGCACAACGUGCAAACCUUGAGGCACAGAUCGCUGAGGCCGAGGAACGUGGAGAGCUGGCAUUGAAGGAUGCCAGGAACAAGCUCGCUGAACUGGAGGCUGCUCUGCAGAAGGCCAAGCAGGACAUGACUCGCCAGCUGCGCGAAUACCAGGAACUGAUGAAUGUGAAACUGGCCCUUGAUAUUGAGAUCGCCACCUACAGGAAACUGCUGGAAGGAGAAGAGAGCAGACUGGAAUCAGGCUUUCAGAACCUAAGUAUUCAGACCAAGACAGUAUCAGGUGUUUCCAGUGGAUUCGGUGGUGGCAUUUCCAGUGGAUUCAGUAAUGGAGUUUCCAGUGGAUUCGGUGGUGGCUACGGUGGUGGCUACGGCGGCGGCUACGGCGGCGGCUACUCUUACUCCAGCAAUGUGAGCUCUUUACCAUUGGAGACAUCCAAGACAAGCAAGCGUAGCAUUUUAGUGAAGACUGUGGAGACCAAGGAUGGGAGAGUGCUGUCAGAGUCCUCAGAUGUUUUCUCAAAACCAUGAGCACCUUAACUCUUGCUGGCCCACAGCAUGGAUUCUGAAAGAUGAGCCUCCUUAAAGGCAGAAAUCAGAAAGGAUAUUUGGGUAGAUGUCCUACACCCAUUCUCACUGUUUACCCCAAGCAUGCUAUAUGUGAAGCAAGCUAGCCCUUUUUAAUCCCCCACAGUUCUAAAACGGACAUUUGAUGGUGCUUUACAUAAAAAUUUAUUUUGAGUCAUGGGUGGCCAUUCUCUUUAAAUGACCUUUCUGUGUUCAUGUCCCAAGCUUCUUCAUCUGAUUCCCUCCCAGAAGGCUCAACUUAAGGCGAGUUCAGCUAAUUGUGGGCAAGGUUCUUCUAAUACUAUUUUCUCUUUGGCUUCUUGUGCAAUUUCCAUGCCUUUCAACUUAGUGUUUCUAAGGAAAAUACUACCAUACUUGCAAAUUCUAGCACCGUGCCUUAUUGUCCAUCCUUUUGUGAUGGAUUUUGGGAAAGUGCCUACAACAUGUUGGCAUUUUUGCAUUACUCUUUUAAAAUAAAGUUUGCCUUGUCUUUUUUGUUUAAA